AUGCUCCGCUUCUCCACCUUCUUCAUGGUCUUCGGCAACAUCAUCCCCAGCGCGAUUCGCGAAGCCAUUGGCGACUGGCUCCACGGUCUCUUCUCGCGCAUCUUCUUCGACUCCGAGUUCACCUUCAACAUCGAGGACACGUGGCAGCACUUCCACAACGAGACAUACCGCGCCGUCGGCGUCUACCUCCCGACCAGAAUCGGGCCGUCGACGGCCAGCCUCGUCAUCGGCCACAACGACCACAACGACAUCAUGGCCCCCGUCCAGCCGGCCAUCGCGGUGGGCUCCACAAUCGUCGACCACUUCCAAGGUCAUCGCUUCGAGUGGGUUCUCUGCGAGAAGAACGAAAACCCCGGCAGCUUUAACAGCAGGAAGAAGAGGUGGUACAAGCUCAAGUGCAGGAAGAAGAACAGAGAGUUCGUCACUGAAACGUACAUCCCGCACGUGUGCCGCGCCGCCGACGAGAUCAUCAAGGAGCGCGACGGCCUCAGCAUCUUCACUUACAACAAGGACGACGCGUAUUGGGACGCCACCGUCUUCAAGCACCCCUCCACUUUCGAGACUCUGGCUAUGGACCCUGCACAGAAGCAGGAGAUUAUUAGCGACCUCGAUCUUUUCGUUCAGCGCAAGGACUUUUUCAGGAGCGUUGGGAGGGCCUGGAAGCGUGGGUAUCUUCUCUAUGGACCCCCUGGGACUGGGAAAUCGAGCCUUGUCGCCGCCAUUGCAAAUCAUCUCAAGUUUAAUGUCUAUGAUCUUCAGCUUCAGAGCGUGAAAUCCGACUCGGAUCUUCGAACCGUGCUUACCGCUACCACCAAUCGAUCGAUUUUGCUGCUUGAAGAUGUCGACUGCAGCAGCAAGAGCACAGAAACUAAGCUUUCCAAGGAGGAAGAGGAUAAGCACAAGGAUAAGCAUAAGCAGCGUGACGAGAAAAAGAGCUCAAUUAAUCCCGGGGUGACGCUAUCUGGGUUGCUGAAUUUUAUCGACGGGUUGUGGUCGACGUGCGGAGACGAGAGGAUUAUAAUCUUGACGACGAACCACAAGGAGAAGCUGGAUCCUGCCCUGUUGCGGCCGGGGAGGAUGGAUGUUCAUAUCCACAUGGGUUACUGUUCGUUUGCAGGCUUCGUAUUGCUGGCCGACAAGUAUCUCGGUGUUAAAGAGCAUUCGUUGUUCAAGGUUAUUGAAGCUUGGAUGCAGAAGGUUGCUGUCACGCCAGCUGAAGUUGCUCAACAGCUUAUGAAGACAAACGACGCUCAAGUUGCGCUGGAUGGACUCAUACAAUUUUGCAAGAAUAAGGAGAAGGAGAAGGCAGAGGCGGCAGCUGCAGCGGCAAAAGCGCCAGUAGUGACGGCGGAGCUGCAAGCGGAGGAGGUCAGCAAGAAAAGUGAGGCUACAGCCACAGAGAAAGAUAUUAGUAGCCAAUCUGAAUCUCAAUCUGGCGACUCAUCAUCAUCAUCAUCAUCUUCUUCUUCUGAUGAUGAUGAUGAAGAUUAA